AUGAAGACCAUUCUCAGCAGCCAGACGGUGGACAUCCCCGAUAAUGUCGAGGUGAAGCUGAAGGGGAGGACAGUCACUGUCAAGGGUCCCCGCGGCAAACUCGUUCGGGAGUUCAAUCACAUUAACCUGGAGCUCCGUCUUCUGGGCAAGAAAAAUAAGAAGCUGCGUGUUGAGAAAUGGUGGGGGAACCGAAAGGAGCUCGCAACAGUUCGCACCAUUUGCAGUCAUGUCCAGAACAUGAUCAAGGGAGUCACUUUGGGCUUCCGUUACAAAAUGCGUUCUGUAUAUGCCCAUUUCCCCAUCAACGUUGUCAUGCAAGAGAAUGGCACUCUGGUGGAGAUCAGAAAUUUCCUGGGUGAGAAGUACAUCCGUCGUGUCAGAAUGAGGACAGGUGUGAUGUGCACAGUUUCAGCAGCCCAGAAAGACGAGCUGGUGCUGGAGGGCAACGAUAUCGAGCUGGUGUCAAAUUCAGCUGCUCUCAUUCAGCAAGCCACCACAGUAAAAAAUAAGGAUAUCAGAAAGUUCUUGGAUGGCAUUUAUGUGUCUGAGAAGGGAACAGUUGUGGAUGCGGAUAAGUAA